AUGCGGGUUCUUUUUUGGAAUAUAAAUGGAGUUGCACGUGAUGCAUCUCAAUGUAAACUAAAGGAGUUAUUUAGAGAAUUCAAGCUAGAUGUUUUUUGUCUUGCGGAACCUAAAGUGCACUUCUCAGUUGCCUUUGGCAAUAGACUUCAACUUGAAGGUUUUUCUUCUCAUGUUAUUCAUAAUGCUACUACUAAUAGUAUAGCUAAUCUUUGGGUUUGUUAUUUAGAUUCAAUAAGGACUUCUAUUCUAAAUAGAAGCAAGCAGGCCAUUUCUAUUAAGGUUGAUGGGGUACGUAUCUCUUUUGUUCAUGCUAGUUAUGUUCAAGUUACAAGGAGGAGACUAUGGCAUCAGCUCAAUCUCCAGGAUGAUUCUAUUCCUUGGCUUGUUAUGGGUGAUUUUAAUUGUAUUCUUAGACUUGGUGAGAAAAAGGGAGGUCUUGAACCAAGAACUUCGGCUAUAAAUGAGUUUUCAGAUUGGUUAGAUGACAAUAAUCUCUUUGAGGCUGACUGUUUGGGUACAAAAUUCACUUGGACUAAUAGUCAACCAAAGAGAGAUCCUUUUCAUAUUCAGAAGAUGUGGUUUUUACAUGAUGAUUUUCUUCGUAUGGUUUUUGAGAGCUGGAAUAUGCCGGCUCAUGGUUCUAUUGAUUUCAUAUUUACUUAUAAGCUCAAGAGAUUAAAAGGGGUGAUCAAGGAAUGGAAUCUUAUGGUUUUUGGUAAUGUUCAUUCUCGGUUGAAGCAAGAUCAAUUGAGGUUUGAAACUGCAGCUCUUUGUUCGGAUGAAGAUCCUAAUGACGUUACCAAACUUAAUGCUAUGAAAGAUGAUAUGGCUAAGCUUAGUGAGACUCGGCUUCAACACAACACUAUGCUUAAGCAAAAGUUCUAUGAAGAAAAAUUUAACGGCCAUGAGACGGUUAUUGAUGCUAGUUUAUUUAAUUAUGAUCAUGUUAGUAUUUAUUUAGAGCAAAGUCUUGCCAUGGACAGAAUUCCUACUCCUGAAGAGAUUAAACAAGCGGUUUUUGACCUUGGAGCUGAUAGUGCACCGGGGCCUGAUGGUUUUUCUGGUUGCUUUUAUCGUCAUUGUUGGGAUAUUAUUCAAGAAGACUUGAUCAAGGUUGUUACUUAUUGUUGGAGUACUGGUCAUAUUCCAAAUGGAGUUAACUCAAGUCUUAUCAUUCUUCUUCCUAAGGAAAGAGGAGCUAAUUCUCUUCGUAACUUUAGACCCAUUAGCCUUAGUGAUUUUUUCUUUAAAAUUUUUACUAAGAUCCUUGCUACUAGACUUGGUAGUGUUUUGGGUAACCUUGUUUCUGAAGAACAUGUAGCCUUUAUGAAGGGUCGUAAUAUCCAUGAAAACAUCAGUUUGGCUUCUGAAAUGGUUAAUGAACUUCACAUCAAGCGCAAAGAUGGAAACAUUGGCCUCAAAUUUGAUAUUUCUCAGGCUUUUGAUACGGUGAGUUGGUCUUUUGUGUUGGAAGUUUUUCGCCGUUAUGGUUUCUCUGAACAAUGGUGCUCUUGGAUUCUUAAUAUUUUGAAUUCUGCUAGAAUCUCUAUUCUUUUGAAUGGCAGUCCGGAGGGUUAUUUCAAAAUUAAUAGAGGUUUACGUCAAGGAGACCCCCUUUCUCCUUUGAUUUUUGUCUUAAUUGAAGACGUUCUUAGCAGAAAUAUUACGAAGCUCUUUAUGGAAAAAAAGAUGUCUCAUAUGGUUACACGAGGUGGUAUUUCCUCUACCCACCUUUUCUUUGCUGAUGAUAUUAUGAUUUUUUGCAAGGGAAAUCUCAAGAGCCUUCAUAAUCUUGUAGAUGUGUUGGGUAAAUAUCAAACAGCUUCAGGCCAAACAGUUUGUAGACAAAAAAGCAAGAUUUAUUAUGGUGGUGGUUAUUUGAGUCGACGGGCUUAUCUUGCUGAAUACUUGGGUAUGAGUGUUGCCACUUUUCCUAACCGGUAUUUGGGAGUUCAAAUUAUUCCAGGCACUGUUAGAUAUCACCAUAUUUCUGGAGUUGUUGAAAAAAUUAAAGCACAACUUUCUGGUUGGAAAGGCUUUUUAUUAUCUUUUCAUAACCGUAUUGUGCUUGUUAAAUCUGUUACUGCUAGUUACUCUAUUCACAAUAUGGCUAUUUACAAAUGGCCUCGCAAACUUAUUUUUCAAUGUGAAAGAGCAAUUAGGAAUUUUAUUUGGACUGGAGAUUCUAAUCUUUGGUGGAAAAUUCUCACUUCUAAGAAGAAAUGGGUUGGAUUUCUUCGUGCAAGACUUUUUGGUAGGAAUGGUUGCAUCAAAGCGAAUGGUUUGAAGUCUUCUAUUCUGCCGGGUAUUAGAAAAGUGUACAAGAUUGUUGAAUCUAACACUAAUGUUCUUAUUGGAGAUGGCAGAGAUACUUUUCUUUAUUAUGAUGCAUGGGCUUUAAAUAUGUGUAUUGUUGACAUCCUUGAUGACUACACCUUGGAGCGAUCUGUUUUGGUUAGUGAUAUUUUGCAUGAUGGGCGCUGGGAAAUACCGGUGGAGCAUUUGCAACGUAUGACAGCUGCUGGUCUUGACGUUUCGCAAUUGCCUGCUCCUUUGGAUGGUGCAGAUUCCAGGAUUUGGAUGCCGGAACUCAAAGGGAAUUUCACGGUUAAUUCAGCUAGAGAAUUAAUUCGUCAGAAAUUUAGCAAGUUUCCAGGUGCGUCUCUUUUAUGGAGGAAGGAAGUCCACCCAACUUUAGCAGCUCAAAACUGGAAAUUUCUGCGUAGUGCUUGCGCUACAUAUGACAUUAUCCAAUCUAGGUUUCAAAUUCAUCUUGCCAACCGUUGCAGCUUGUGUGGUGUGGCGGAUGAAACUCUUGAUCAUAUUCUUUUCCAGUGCACUUUUGCUGGCCGUGCUUGGAACUGGAUUGCUGAUGUUUUUGAUUUGAUUCCUAAUGCUAACCUUGUUGUGUCUUGCAAAGAAGCUAAGGGGAAGAGCGCUAUGAUUCGUGACCUGUGGCUUAUUGCUAAUCUCGUCAUAAGAUCAGAGCUGUGGACAAUGCGUAAUAAGGCUGUAUUUCUACGUCAACAUCCCAACUGGAGUAUCUUCUUCAAGCGUGUGUUGAAAUUGAUUCAAGAUUAUGUUGUGCGGCUUAACAAUGCUGAAUAUGUAAUAAUCCUUGAUUAUUUUCGUGUUAACCAUAGAAGAGUUAAGUUUCUUCAACCUACUGAAUGUUUUUGGGAACCUCCGGAAGAGAAUGAGAUCCAACUUUGUUGUGAUGGGGAGGCGAGAGGGAAUCCUGGCGUUGCUGGUGCUGGUGUGGUAGCAAGAAAUGCGAGUUGUUUGGUUCUUGGAGCUAUGUCUAUUGGCCUGGGAGUUACUACAAAUUAUUUGGCUGAACUUUAUGGUAUUAUUGUAGGUAUGGAAUGGGCUGUAAGAUGGGAAGUUAGGCGGAUUUGCAUUCGGUCUGAUUCUUUUAGUGUUGUUGAAGCUCUCAAGAAUAACAAUAUACCAUGGUUUGCUAGACAAAGGUGGGUGGCAGUUUGUAGACACUAUGAUACAGUAAGGUUUAUUCAUACCUAUAGGGAGGCGAACUUCUCUGCUGAUGUUAUGGCAAAACGGGGAUGUCUUCUUAAUGAGGAGGAAGGAUUACAUUAUGAUGCAAGACCUCUUUUUUUAACUUCAGUUGAAUAUCCAAAUAUAGUAGAGCAUGAUACUUCACACGAUCAUGUGCAUGGAGUACAUGAUAAUAAUUCAAACAAUCCUCUAUACAAUGCUAUUUCUGAGACUGAGGUGGUUCUUUCACCUAACAAAUUUGGUGUUCUCAGUGAUGAAUUGGGAUUAACUGAUGAGGCUAUUAAUGCUGAGGUUUUUCGUGAGGAGGAGAAUUUGGAAGAACAUGACACACCGGAACAAGCUGCUUCUGGAGUUAAGGGUACUAAGUGGGGUAACUUGGAUGUGGAAAAGCGUCAGGCUAGGAGAAUUCUAAAACCCAAGGACUCUCAAGAUGCGUCAUCAUCAACUGAAUUGGAAUCCAACUCUGGUUAUGAUUCUGAAGUUAAUGCCUUAGGAAUUAAGGUGAAGAAAUGUUGUUCUCCAGGUAUUUCCAAGAAUGGUACUGCUUAG